UCCACCCGACAUGCACGUGCACGCGCGAGAUACAACAAAGUUUUCGUGAAGAUGUGUGAUGUGCUCGAAGUGGCUCGAAGUAGAGUGCUGAGGGAUGCAAACAAAUCGACUAAAUGAACACGUUCAGUAUUGAUAACUUCCACAUACUUCCUCAAGCAUGUCUCGGUGCACAACGAAUAGGGACCGAUUGUUGGAAUAUUCGCUUCAACAAAUUACAACAUGCUUGCGAAGCGAAGAGUAUGCCAGAAGCCUGGCACAUUUCUGCGUAGCGUUUAAUCUGGAUCCAACGCUUAAGCGCCGGAUGAAAGACGAGUUUCUGCUGGCAGCUGCGAAGCACACGGCAUAUCUAGAAUCCAAACAGGCAUGGAAGGAACUCUUUGACUGUUAUCAAGAGCUACUGAAUGCAAAUGAUGAAUGUGAAGAACUGCACCACUGGCUGGGUACCCUGCUGUUUCGGUUGGACAGAGUUCCGGAAGCAGUGUUGAGCAUUCGCAAGGCCUUGGACCUGAACCCCAAGUAUGGAGCAGCUCGUGCCAGUAUAGACGGGAUAAAGACUACGCUGAUGGAACGCUGGCACUUCCCUAUGCUGAAUGACCGCAGCCGAAAUAAAGCCUUCCAGGAAGCCAUCAACGAAGCUGUUGCGCACGGUCAUCAUCAACGUGUCUUGGACAUCGGUGCUGGGACGGGACUUUUGAGCCUAUUUGCACUAGGUGCAGGUGCCAAGGAGGUGUACGCAUGCGAGGUGUCAUCUGUGGCCUGCGACGUGGCCAGGGCCGUAUUUGAGCUCAAUGGAACCCGAGCCAAGAUCAUCAACAAGCACUCCACCCUCCUCAACAUUCCUGAGGAUAUUGAGCAAAAGGUCUCUCUGGUGGUGACGGAGACAUUCGAUGCUGGGCUCUUUGGAGAGCAUGUCUUGCCCAACCUGCUGCACGCGUGGGAGAAUCUUCUCGACCCGCAGCAUCCAUCGGGGCCGAAGGUAAUUCCGGAAGCAGCCGAGGUCUUUCUGUGUCUUCUGGAGUGCGAGCACAUAAGGUUUCACACCAGCGUAAAAGACACAGUCCUAGAAGCGCUGGGAAUGGGACAGUUUGAGAUGCGAUGCCCUUGUGUGCCUUAUACGACACUUUGUCUGCAGAGGGCUCCACAAGGCUACCGCAUGCUCUCGAAGCCCCUUCGCCUGCUCUCUGUAGACUUCAACGAUCCAGAGGCAAUGCGAAACCUUCUCGGCAAAACCUGGAAGGAGACCGUGGAAUGUACCGAGGUGGGAAGACUUGACUGCUUGGGCCUCUGGUUCCGACUCCGAGUGGGAGACACGUGGCUGGACACCUUGCAUGGGGACACCUGCUGGGAACAGGCCAUUUACCCAGUUUCCGGUAGGCUGCUGAGGAAAGGAGAACCGGUACAUCUAGACAUCAAAUGCAGCGAUCACAUAAGCAUAGCAGAAGCCAGUCCCUUAGCGACCGACAGAAUUCGGUUGGAGCUCCAAGAAGACAUUAUUUCCAUCCUCAAUGAGUCCUUCACCCCAUUUUCUGAGGUCGCAGAAGUCACAGACCUGCCUCGAGGCGCUCGUAUCUUAGAUAUCUCUACGGUUCCUAUCCUAGGCCUCCUGUUUCUUAAGAAGGACGAUACAUCCCAACUGACCACCAUUGUUGGAGGCACUUCACCCCUCGUGGACGCUUUUCUCAAAAGGCACAACCUGAGGAACCGUAACAAAUUUGCUUCCUUGGACUCGUUAUUGGACUCGAAGCUGCCCACGUUCGAUGUCUUGGUGACGGACGUGUGGGACGCCUCCGGGAACCUGCGGACGUCGCUCUUUGAAUAUGUCGCAGCUCUCAGAUCGGGAGCACUCAAGACCAACGGCGUCAUGCUGCCGACAACGUGCAAUGUUCAGGCAGUCCUGGUGGAGAGCCAGACCCUAGAAGCUGAAUCUCGUGUGGUAUCGGACGAGCACACCUCGGGCUGGCAAGUGGCCAGCUGUCUCAAUGACUGGGCACAGGUUUCCAGCCACCAGGACAUCUGUCUGUCAACCAUACCUCACCGUGUUCUGUGUUCACCAUUCCAACUGUUUGACGUGGACUUGUCCCGCGUACAGGGAACAAUAACUGCGGAACAGAGAGUAGAGAUAACGCAGUCAGGCUUCAUCUCUGCCUGCCCGUACUGGUUCGAGGCACAUUAUCCCAGCAGUCGAGUAAACAGAAACUAUGGCCAAGGAUGCCAUCUACUUCAAGCGGCCGUUGUCUUACCAAAAAGGAUUAGUGUCCUGCAAGGACAAUAUGCUACAGUAUCUGCCUCUUGUCAAGAUGGAAGGCUAGAGAUUCAACUGAACGUCGAGUAAAGCUUGUUUUCUCAGAGGUAGUCAGGAGGUAUUGGGGAUGCUUAAAAAAAAAGCAGACAGUACGAGCUAACAUAGAAGCGAGAACACGUUUUUCACGUUUUUUCACGAACACGUUUUUUAUUUUUUGACCCAGCACCCCCCCCCCCCCCCCCCCCCCCUCCUUCCCAAGCUUCACACAUGGCUUUCCAAGUUCUCAGACUCCUAAAGAGAAUAAACUACCCCUGGAAAUAGUGUUCAAUUGCCUGCCUCUUCAUCGAGAAAUUGUCCUCAAAGGUUCAAUGUCAAAACAGGAAGAAGUCACCAGAGAAUAGGCUGGGUGGUUUAGCAACUUGGAACAGUCAUUUCUGUAGAGCUUCUUAUGCAGUAAGCGAUUACCAGGGUGGCCAUUGUCAUGCAGCAUCAAAAUUUGUUUGCCCAAUUUUCCGUGGCACUUUUCUUUAAAUGGCCUCAUCCGAACCAGCACGGGAAUGAUAGGCCCCUGUUGUCCUAGUUUUUGGUUGUAGGUAAUCAAUCUGCAGAGCAAACUCCUCAUCCCCCAAAAAAUCUUGUCAUGAUCUUUCCCAUAGAGGCUGUCUCGAAUUUUACGGGCGGAGGAGAAUUCUCGUGCUUAGAGGCCAUGCUCUUGCUUGCUCUUGGGAUCCCAUUGGUUGAGUCAGUUUUCAUCCCCAGUCACAAACUGCGUUUUGUGUUUCAGCAUGAUUUUACUUGUGCGUGUAUCACAGUUUUGCACAUCGAGUCACACAGUGAGUCAUACAAGUUUGUACAGAAUGCAUAAAAAUGAGUAUCCCAUA